UCGUUAGAAUCAUUCAUCGUGCGAACACCGUACGAGACGGUCAAUACACUCCUGCUCUCUGUGUGUGUCAAUAUUUCAUUUCGAUACGUGAUACACAAAUUCUUACGUGAAAUCAUCAGAGUAUCCGUUGGGAUAGUCUUUGUUCAAAUUCUCAAAGUUCUUCAAUAAAAAAAAAUUCGCCGCAUUGCUAAAAGAGGAAAAAAACAUUCUUCAGAAAUUUUUUGACGGAUUGUAAAAUCUCAUAAUCUCAUUAGUUGGAAUAAAAUCCGAUUUGACAUUAAAUGUGUGCUAAAAUUAGAUUUUAGCAACAAAAAUAUAUACAUCCAAGCAUCGAACCAUUCUCAGUGGUCGCUACUUAUAUUUAAUUAAAACUGAACAUUUGCGCAAUAAUUUCAUUGCUCUUGUUUGUUUCGUUCGUCAAAGUUUAUGUUGAACAUCCAUUCGGUUGAGUUUGUUUUGUGUUUGUGCCUUUAAACAAAAUCAACAAACGAAGAAAAAUAAUCUGGUGCAUAAAUUAAGUGUCAAUAAACCAACGGGCGACAACAUUUAUUUCAAAGUGAUUAUCUACCCAUUCGAAAUCGUUUCCGUGCAAUUUCGGAUUUUGUAGCGAAACGAAACGCAAACAAGAGUUCAUUCUAAAAUUAGAAGAAUAAAAAAAAAGAAAAAUCACCACAAAAAUGAUGUGCAUCAUGAAAAGUGUGUUUGCUGUGCUGUUGGUCGGUUCGAUGAUUUUGGUGAAUCGUGUUGAAUGUGGAUCGUGCCGGGAAUCGUCAUUGUGCUGCAAUGGUCGUGAUUCAUCGUGCGUUGUACAAAAAGCGCCCAUCAAUGCAAUUAUCGAAGAUUUAAAUGACAAACCAUGUUACUGUGACCAUGCAUGCUUAAGACUUGGCGAUUGCUGCACCGACUAUCAUCAUUACUGCGGUGUAAUCGAUUGUACGGUUAGCGAAUGGGGCGUUUGGAGCGAAUGUGAUGUCCAAUGCGGUACUGGAAUGAUGUCACGUACACGACAAAUUUUAAGUGCACCAGAGAAUGGUGGCAAACAUUGUCCCUCUUUGGUACAAAAACGUGGCUGCCAAGGUUUCAAGUGUCAUGGUCAACGUGAUCGACGCGUAUUAAGAGAAAUGGCUUUGCUGCUACCGGCCGAACUAUCAAAGAGCCGACAUGAGAACGAUACAAUCGACAUCCGGAGAAACUUGCGGUUACGGUACAGAGACUCAUUCAAACACAAUCGGGAUCACGAGUACUGCGUGGAAUUUGAGGUAUUGAAAGCGGCCAAAGCAUGUCACAAACUUCCCCCAUAUAAUAAGUUAGCGGAAGGUGAUCGAGUUGUUGUUCGAUGUGAUUUGGAGGCAUUGCAAAAAGAAACAGAACGCGAAGAAAUCACCGACAAUUCAUCUAUACAAGAAGAUACGCCGAAGUUCCGAUGCCGUGGUGAAGGCUUACCCGGACGAAAUACGCGCUGGAGCGCAUUGGCUGCACCAUCAUGUCGCGGAAAAUGGAUGCGCUUAACCAUUGGCGAACCGAAAAAAUGUACAGAUUCGCAGUUCAUUUUUAUUUAAAAAUUAAAUUGGUUCAAAUAAGAAAAAGAGAAAAAGAAAAAUAGUUUCGUUUCUUUCGUCAAUGAUCGUGUAUACAAACAGAAGAAAAAUCAAUAAUUUUGUGUUCGAAUUUCGGAAUUGAAAAACAUAAAUAAUUUUUAACGAAAAUACAGUGAAAUAACAAUCUAGAGCUAGAGAUUUUAUGCAACAAUAAUUUCUUCUAUUCAUUUAAGAUUAUAUCGUUCACCGCUUCGAAAGGUUUAUCCUCUCAAAUUCAUUAUGCACAUUCAGCACAUUUCAGUUGGAAUUCGUGUUUUGUCAUGUCAUUGUUAUUGAAUUCAUCCAUGAAAUUUUCGUCAAGCAUGAUUGAUACGUCGACAAUUCAUCAUUUCAAAGCGAAUUUAAUUUAAGAAAUAAAAUGAGAGAAAAUAUAAUAACAAAAAUUGAAUGAAAAAGGAGAAGAAGAAAAAGUUUUUACGACAAAAAAAAAAACAGAGAAAAUAUUAGAGGCAAAACCGAUGGUGAUGAACCCAUUUCAUUUGUAAAUAUAAGUUAAAUACACGGUUUAAUAUUGUUUUUUCUUUCAUUCAUUCUUUCUGUCUUUUUUUUAUAUCAUGAAUACAGUAUAUAAUCAACCUUUGUUUAGGCUUAAAAUUUGCGAUGAAUAUUGAAUGCAAUUCAUCAUUUUUCAAACGUACACCACAGACUUUUUGAAAAGUGACCGAAUUGCUUUUGAAAAAUAAUAAUAAUAUAAGGUAUUAAUAAUAUUAUUGAAUAAAAAAUAAUCAAGUUUCAUUUUUCAGUGGAGUUCUUUCAAAAUAAAUAAUAAUAAAAACAAACUACAAUAAAAUAUAAUCAUCGUAACGAACGAUUUUCCACAUCAGAUCGGUCAAUUAACAAAAUAAAAAAGAAGAAAAAACAAAAUAAGAAGCAUGAACCGCAUAUAUUUUCCUAUUGAAAUGUAAAGAGAAACGUGUACGACUAAUAUGGACAACAUACAUAUUCAAUAUUUAAAUUAAGUGCAAACAUUAUUACGAAUUAGAAGAAGAUAAAAACACCGGCCAUAACAGACUCGAUAUAUUUGAAACAGUUUUACAAUACAUAUCAAAUCAAUCACACUUCUUCAAAACAAGAUUUCACAAACAGAAGUAAAUGUGUUUUAGACAAAAUUUUAAACCGAUUUCAUCACAAUUUUUAAUUCUUCAAAGUCGAAAACAAUACCAAUUUCAGUAGAAUCACACACAUUAUUUCGAGAACACAAAAUGACCGGUCCAUAUAUUUGUACGAGAUGUUAAAUCGUACAGCAAAAACCAUAAUUAAAUAAUUGUGUAAUAAUCAGUCUAACUAAAAAUAAAAGAAAAUACACAAAAA